AUGUCGUCGCACUGUGUGGGCAUCUUGGUUGCGGCACUAGGUGGCAGCAAAGGGAGGAAUGGGCAGCUGAAGAUAACACCUACUGUUUGCAACGCCUCGGCUACCUGUGAAUCUCAAGACCUCAGCAGUUCCAGAUCGUGUCUGUUGGCCAACACGUUUAAGACAUUCAAAAAAUAUGAAUACGAGUAUACAGCAGAAACUGAGAAUGGAGUGACGGGAACCACGGGCCUCACGAAUGGACCCAAACUCAGCUGUAAGGUGGUGGUUGAAGUUCCCCAGACCUGCAGAUUCAUCCUGAGCACCUCCCAGUGCCAGCUGUCUGAAACAUUUGCCAACGACCCGGACGGUGUCCCUGUCACGCGGCCGGCUGCUGGCACUGGGGCUUUCCAGGCAGCCAUGGGGAAGAAUUCCCUGAAGUUCAUGGUGCAGGAUGAUGGUGAGGUGAAGUUGUUCCCUGAAACAGAUGAAACCCCCACCAUCCUAAAUGUGAAGAGAGGAAUCAUCUCUGCUUUGCUGGUGCCUGUGAUGGAGGAGGAGGGCAGCAAAUACAUGGAAACCCUACAUGGACUGUGCAAAACUGAUGUCACUGUCAGCUCCAGGGGGAAUAUUGCCAACAAUGUCACCUUCAUUAGAGACCUAUCUAAAUGUGACCACUUCAACCCAAUGAAAGACUUCACAAGCCCCCUGGCGCUCAUGUCUGGCCUGGACUUCCCGCUCUCCCAGCUGAUCCGCAGCACUCAAACCUGCAGCUACCAAUUUGAUGACAAGACGCAACACAUGACUACAGGGACUUGCUGGGAGAAGCACAUAUUCCUACCUUUCUCCAACCAGCGAAUAUAUGGAAUUUCUGCACGAGUGACACAGACCUUGAGACUGGUUGACUCAAGCAAGAGCAACAACCGAGCCUAUGAUCACAAUGAGGCAAACAUGAAGGAUUUGCACAUGGAAGCUACUGCAGACAAGGCUCCUACACAGACAAAGGACACCAUGUUGGCUAGCAUGAGGGAGCUCAAUGCUCUAUCCCAGACCGAUGAUGGGGAAAGGCGAGCCGGCCUCUUCCACAAAUUAGUCAGCGAGAUCCGCCAGCUCCGGAACGAAACCCUCAGCCAUGCUGUUACAGAGAUGCUUGAGGUGUCCAGCCUCUUGACCUGGCAAGCGCUGGCUCAGUGUGGAACCCCAGAGUGCACCAGCGCCAUCCUGAAGAUUCUCAGGACCUUCGACAGAAGUUCCUUGGAGAUUGAUGCCGUGGUUUAUUCCAUGGGUUUCCUUCCCAACGUCAACAUCCAGGACAUGCUUACCAUGGCACAGUACAAGCAGAGCAAGGCCAUCAUGUACAGUCUGAGCAACAGCAUCAGGAGAUUCUACCAAAGUGAACCCAAAGUCACACCUGAGAUUACUGCUGUGUCUGAAUUCAUGGCCUCCCAGCUGGGCAGUGAUUGCUCAGGUGACAAGGACCAAAUUUUUCUGACUCUUAGGGUCUUGGGGAACAUGGGAGAAGCUAUGGAAGCAGCCAGUCCUGGCCUGAAAAAAGUGCUCCUGAAUUGUAUAAGUCAACCCUCUGCAGCCCUUUCUGUCCAACAAGCUGCCAUCCAGGCCUUCAGACAAAUGACAGCCGACGAGGAGGUUCGGCGCAUUUUCCUGAGGGUGGUAUUGGAUGGUGCAAGCCCCGUGCAGAAACGACUGGCUGCCUAUCUGAUUCUUAUGAAGAAUCCGGAAGCUGCCGAUGUAGCCUCCGUUAUUAAGGCUUUGCCCAAAGAGCAGGAUCCACAGGCCAAGAGCUUUAUAGCCUCCUACUUGUCCAACAUCUUGAUUUCACAAGACCCUGCAUCUGAAGACAUUAAACAAAUGAUUAAAGAUGCCUUACAGGGCAAUGACUUACCCACUGCCCAAGACUUCAGAAAAUUCUCACAGAACUACAAAAUGGGUUUCAUGCAAGGAAACACAAUCUUUGAUUCCACUGGUUACAUGCCCAAGGAGGUCAUGCUGGAGACAACCUUAAAGGCUUUUGGAUAUCACCUUGACGUGUUUGAGGUUGGAAUGGAGGGAAAAGGAUUUGAACCGACCAUUGAUGCUUUGUUUGGACAAAAUGGGUUCUUUCCUGACAUUAUCCUGAAGACCAUGUACUGGGCUGAAAACAAAAUGCCAGAAAAGGUCAAUGAAGUUUUGAAAAGCUGGAUGCCACUCCAGAACGAGAAAGCAAAGGGACAGGUUCCCCAGAACAUUGUUGGUGAAAUUGAGCGUAACUUUGGCAAGCUGCUGCACGAAUUGAGGACUCAGCAGUCCCCCGAAGCCAUGGCGUACCUUAGGAUCAUGGGAACCGAACUGGGAUAUAUAAAGACCAGUGAGAUAAAAGACAUCACCCAAUCUGUAAACAUGAUCGUGGACAAAAUCCUUAGGAUGUUCCCCAAAAAUGUUUUGAAGUCUUUCAUGUCCAGCACUGACAAUGAGAUUUUUGCUCAUUACAUCUUCAUGGACAACAAGUUUUCUUUGCCGACUGUUGCUGGAUUCCCACUUAAGUUCUCCCUUUCGGCUACAUUUGCACCUGGAGCUAAAGGAGGUCUACGUAUGGCACCCAGGCUGCAUGAAUUGUCAUUUAGGCCAUCUGUAGGAGUGGAAUUCAUUACUCAGAUGGGUGUCCACAUUCCUGAGUAUAUUCUCUCAAGCAUCGAUAUGCACACCACUGUGUAUCAUGAGAGUAAAUUGAACACACGACUUUCUGUGACCAACAACCAAAUCAAGCUGGCCUUCCCUGUCCCUCAGGACACAACCAAGCUCUUCAGUAUCAGCAACAAGCUGUUGUCAGUGACUUCAACUGGGACUUUGACAAUAUCUCCAUCAGCUGCUGCUAGAACUGAAUCUACAGAGUGCCAGCCGUUAUUCUCUGGUGUAAAUUACUGCACCACACUUCAGUAUGCUAACACUGGUUCAUCUAGUGAUGUUCCCUACUUCCCUCUCACUGGAGAAUCUAAGUUUGCGCUGGAGGUUCAUCCCACUGGUGAAAUCACUGAAUAUACUGCCGCCAUUACCUAUGAAACUGUAAAGGAGGGAAAAGAGGGACGGCAGAAGGUGGACACUCUGAAGAUGACUCUAAAGGCAGAGGGCACUCAGCCAUCUGAGGCCACAGCUACUCUGAAAUACAACAGAAAUAAGAACGUCCUAUCUACUGACAUCCAGAUCCCUGACUAUGAUGUAGAGGCUGGAAUUAGGUUAAGUUUCACUGACAGCGAUGCCAGAAAGAAGGGGGUUCACAGCAUCACCAUUGACAUCGUCAACAAGAAUGUGCCUCAGCUGUCUCUGAUUGGCCGCACAAAACUUCAGGGAAUGAAAGAUGGUCAGGUGCAGCUCCAGUUCAUCUUCCCUGCUCUGAGGACUGAGGCUGCGCUCACUGCCACCAUGACAAAUGCUGAGGAAAUCAUCCUGGACAUUAACAGCUCCAUUAAAGUCUCAGGGACUUCCUCUUUACAGCAAGUCAUCUUCAAAUACGAUGGUAGCAUAGCCGAGGUUGAACUUGUGUCCGAUAUGGACUCUAAAGUGCAAGAUUUCUUCCCCGACACUGAAGUAUAUCAGAAGUUCAUCAAUCACAUUUUGGACCAGAAAGUGGCUAAAACUGACAUGAAACUACGUCAUAUAGUAUCAAAAUCCUAUGAGGCUGGCCAGAUCUGGCUAAGAAAGGUAGCAUCUAAUGUUCCCCACAUGGGGCUCCUGCCGGAAUUUACCUUGCCUUCUAUGCCUGAGAAAUUAUUCCUGAAAUCAAAGAGCAAAUUUAGUUGGAAGUUCCGAGACCAGUUUAUUGUCGGCAUCGCCUUGCCUUUUGGUGGAAUAUCUUCCAAGCAUCUGAACAUGCCUGAAAAAAUUACUGUCCCUCACCUGUCCAUCCCUCAAAUCGGCCUGGAGGUCCCAGCCACAGAAGUCAGAAUCCCCGCCUUCCACAUCCCUGAGGUUUUUAAACUCACUCUGCCCCUAAACGAUAUCAUUGAUUUCUCUACCGUGGUGAACAGCAACUUCUAUAACUGGGAGGGCUCUCUCUCUGUUGGCAAAGAUACAGAAAAAAGUUAUAUCGCUAAGUUCAAAGCGACGGCUGAUUGCCCUCUUGAACUUCUAUCCUAUUCAGCUGGAGGUGGUGCAGAUUUUAGCUACGGUUCAACCCUGGCAAAAGCAACUAUGGACUUUUCUCUGACCCAUAAUCUUAUCAACAUCAAUUAUAACACUUCAUGUAGUGUAACUAUUUUUCACAUAGUUGGCCUACAACAAACUUCUACAUUCAAAGCUUCAAGCCCACUGGGUCUGGAGACUUCAGUACACCACACUUAUGAGGUUAUAAAUUACUACGGUAAGAUAACUGAGAAGAGCAACACGUCAGGGCGCAUAAUGGUUGGCUCUUUCCAUGGUAACAUCUUCUAUGUAUAUUCUGGAGAGAUGGAUACCUCAAUAAAACAGGGAAGAGCAGAGUCUACGCUGACCAUGUCCUCAGAUGUCCUCCAAGCUGAAAACAGGAUUGUCUUCCUCUAUAAUAAUGACAAGCUGGCCGUGACGUCCACCACAAACACGCCGAAUGAUGGUGUGGUGCACACAUUAGAGUUUAGCCUCAGCGAUACCCAUUUAUCACUAAAAUCCAAUGCUGUCACCAAGGUCCUGAGCGUAACAGUCAGUAACCAAGUGGAACUUGCUCUCUCGCACGAGGCCGUUAGCAUCACAGUGGAAUCUCGUGCAUAUGGCACACGCCUGCAUGCUUUCUCUCUGAUUUCUGGUUCCCUCGGUGAAAAUGGCCUGGAAGUGCAAACAGAUAACUCAGUUCAUUUUGACAGAAGUCUUCACACCAAUAACGGCUCCCUAAUAAUCAGCUUGGGCAGGCUGGCCUUUCAUAGUAACACACACCUUCAGAAUAACCUCCUGACCUUCGAAAACAUCAUCAAAGGUGGAAUUGACAGCUCUGGAACAAGUCUAUCUGUAUUGUCCAAGGGUUCAGUAGAGGGUAUGAAGACAGAAAGCACUAAUACGCUGUCUCUAACUUUCACAACCCUAGCACUGCAGUCCAAGACUGAAAAUUUUGUAGGCAAAAGCAGUUUCUACAAGCACAACAUUGACGUUGACCUGAAGCCAUUCACUGGAGUUGUGAUAAUGAGCAAUGAUCUUAAACUUCUGGAUGUAAACUUCCUUCACAAUGGGCAAUUUAAGCUGGAACCUUACAAGAUGGAUGUGUUUGGUAACCUAAAGGGAAUCAUUGGAGAAGAGAACAUUAUGCAUAAGUAUGAAGUCAGCUUUUCCGACUUGAAACUGAGUGCGAAGAGCAUAACUAAUGGAAACGUACUGGGUGCUCAUAUAAACUAUGUUUCUGACAUGGAGGCAACACGACUGUCUGCAAGGCUGAACAGUGAAGUGAGCUUCAAAUCAGAAUCUCUCCAUGUCACAGGCACUGUCCGAACCCUUGUUCAGCCAUUCAUUGUCAGUGCAGAUGUCAUGCUAAAUUCGAAUGGUAAUCUUGACUGGUAUGGAAAACACACAAGUCAGCUUUACAGCAAGUUGGCCUUCAAAGCAGAGCCUUUAGCACUUGCAUGUUCUCAUGACCUUAGAGCUUCCACUACCCAUCAACUGGAUGAUACCCCUUCAAUUAAGACCCAGCUGGACCACAAAAUCGACACAUCGCUGCAUCCUCAGGAGCAAAGAGGCAUGUGGAAAGUAAAAUAUAAGCUAAACAACCAUGCAUACGAUAAAGAAAUCAGUGCUUAUAACAGCCAUGAAAGAAUGGGAAUAGAGAUGUCAGGAAAAAUUACCAGUCCUUUCUUGAAUGAGGCCGAUACAGAGAAUCAAGAACUCAGUAUUUCUGCUUACCUCAAGUAUGACAAGACAGGUGACAGCCAUGUUGUUGAAUUACCUUUCAUCAUAAGUCUGUCUGGAAUUUUUGAGCACUUAAAAAUGAACAUUGUGAGUGUUUUAGAGUUCUUUAAACAGUACAUCAAAAAUGAAGAAUUUAGGACCAAAAUGCAAAAUAUGUUUAAGUCUGUUACUUAUUAUAUACAGGAGUAUGAUAUGGACAGUAUGAUCUUUAUUACUGAAGAUAAAUUGAUGGAGUAUUUUUUCACAACGGAAAGUUUUGCAACUUUCCUGGAGAAUCUAAGAACCAGCACAAAAAGAAUUCAGAGUUACGUACAGGUCUGGGUUCAAAGCUUUGCAGCACUUUUGACGGACACGUUUGAAAAUGGAACCUUGGGCGACUCCAUAAACAACCUCUUGCAAAAACUUAGAAAUGAAAUGAGGGCAAUCCAUGCUCAAUAUAAGAUCAGUUCCAUCAUUGUCAGAAUCAUUAAUGCUUUUCAAGAAAUCAUACGUUCACAAUAUCUGGACGGUAACUCUACCGGGUUGCAGGAUCUUGAUGCCAAAUAUGAAAUCAGAGCUAAUCUUCUGAAGAAGCUUGGUGAACUGGAACAGAAAGUGAAGAUGUUUGACAUCAUGCAGCUCAUUCAGGAAUUUAACAUUGGAGAAUAUGCAGAACAUUUAGUUUCUCAAAUUCCCAUAGAAAUCAUAAAAGAGGUUAACAAUAUCAACCAAGUGAUCAUCAGUUUUAUGGAAGAAUAUGAUGUAAAAGAAACAAUUAAUGAGGCAUCUAUUGUGCUGCGUGAAAUGUUUUUCAGGUAUGAAGUUGACAAGAAGGUAGCCCUGUUGGUUAAAGUGAUGGAACUCAUCAUGUUAGAAGUCAACAAAGCAAUUAAUACUCUAAAACACGUUGACCUCCUAACCCUUUGUGACCAAGCCAUUCAUGGUCUGGAUAAUGCAAUUAACAAUGUGAUGGAAACUGAUUUCAGAGAAAUGACAAGCCAACUGAAUGACCACAUUGAUUAUCAUGUAGACCUGAUCCGUGGUGAAGUUAAAUUCCCAACCUUUGGCAAGCUCUAUAGCCAGAUUAGAUUCAACUCCCCAUAUUAUAACCUCGUAACGAAUGCUGAGCUCCUUAAUUCCACCACUAGCUCAGAAACACCACAAUUUACAGCUUUACUCAAUUCUAAAGCUUCAUCGGCUUUUGAGGUCCUAGAUUACACACUGAAUGCCACUGCACUUCUUGCAAUGCCUAAAAUGAAUCAUCUCAUCAUAGAUGAGAACUGCAAGAUCAAUCACGUUGCCUUUUCAGUUGACCACCAGAGUUCUGUUACAGUCUAUGGCAUAUCUGCUCAGGCUUCAGGUCAGACUACUGCCAGAACAAGCACAGAACCCUACACUGCUGAAUUUGUCAACAGUGUCUCCCUUGCUUUGGGGAGUGAAAUAUCGAUGACUGUUGAUAACACCUAUACUCACAAGUUGAACAUGCCGGAUGUUGCAGUAUCCAGCCGAGCCAGUGGAACUCAGAGAGUAUAUGCCAAUCUAGAGUCUGGGACUUUCAACGUGAAGAUUAACAAUAAGGCCAAUGGGAAGUGGACCAUCCAGGAAUACUCAGAUGAAGGUUCUCAUCAGAGCGACAUAACGUUUACUACAGAUAUUACAACUGCUAAAUUUAACAUAGAAGCUAGCACAAACAUCCAGGAUCUGAAAGCAAAACAAAAAUUAAAUGUUGACUCUGUCAUGCUAGAAACCUUUAACAUUAAUGGACAUGCUGAGAUGGAAUCGCCCUUCAUUAAAAAUAGCAUGGUCGAACUUCAUGGAAAUGUCAAUAUGGAGGAGGUAAGUGUAAAACUGAAUGUUUCCCAUAGCACAGAGCUCCUUGGGACUGUCACUGGAACGAUAUCCAAUUCAGUCUUUUUUUUUGCUCACCCAGAAGAGCUUGUUUUUGAUUUCCUGAACAAACAAAACACAAAGAUCAGUCUCCCCAUACAAUUAACUGCAAAGAUUGACCUUCAGAAUGAUUAUUCUGUCAUUCUUAAGAAUGAAGUGCAGCAGGCUAGCUGGGUUAGCUUAGCUCGCUUCAACCAGUACAAGUACUCCCAUAACUUUACUAUGAACAAUAACAACAAGGAUGCUGGCAUUUAUGCUAAAAUAAAUGGUGACGCUAACCUUGACUUUUUGGAUGUCCCAAUCACCAUACCAGCAGUAGAUGUGCUGUUGUACAGAACCACAUCUUUUGAAAAAGUUUCUUUGUGGAGACACACUGGCCUGAUGAAUAUAUUGACUACACCUCAACAGUCACUUAACAUGGAUUACAGGCUUUUAUAUCAUAAGACACAGGAUUCUGUGAAUGCCUUUGGAAACCUAACCUCAGACCUUUCCUUUAAGUCGGCGAUAAUUACUCUAAAUGUCAAUACCGCCCUGUACAAGCAAAACGACAUUGUGGCACGAAUUGUGGCUUCUUCAACCUCUGUGUUCGAUGCCCUGAAAGGCAAAGUUCUUGGCAACAUUAACCUGACCACAAAGAAAACGGUGAAACUAGCCACUGUUUUGUCGGCUGAGAGUAAGAAUUUUGAAGCCACCCACAGCAGCGCAGUCAGCCGUACCAAGAAAGGCGUGGAUAUCUCCAUGUCUACUAUUGCAAAGAUUAACUGCCCUAUCAUAAACCUUGACUUCGACCAGGAACUUACCGGAAACAUUAAAACUACUCCUAAAGCAAUUUCAAAAAUGAAGUUAAAGUACAGCUUUAAUCUACCCAUAAUCAACGCCAUUGGCCAGGGAGAUAUUGGCCAUAAUUUCAAUUUGGAAGGAACAUUGAGGGACAUCUCUCUGGAGACAAUGGCUAAAGGAAAAACUGUUGGAAUCAUUAACUCAAAUAUUGAAUUCACCAAUGUGAUAAACCAUGAUGCGAAUACGUUCAUGAAUGCCGAUGGGUUACGCUCCUCCACAAAGACUAAUGUCAUCUUCCAAGUCAGCCAUGAAGACCGUAAAACAUGGGACAUGGACAUGAAACAGGACGUAGCACUGGAUGUAUCUCUGAAUCGCGUGUAUGCUGUACUAACAUACACCAAUGAUAAUGAGGCCAACCUGCUAUUCUUAAAUACCAAAGGCAAGCACAUAGCUAAGGCAACUCUUGAUCUUUCUCCAGUGAUGUCACUGAUAGGAAAGGUGCAUAUUGAUAUGUCACAGCCAACCAGCUUUAGUGAGGGACAUCUCUUUCAAGAUAUAGUUCUUGAAGUCACUCCUUGGAAGCAGAAUUUCAGUUGGGAAGGCAGCGAGAAACUCUCAUCGCUGUCUCAUGCCCAUAAACUACUUCUUUCCAAUAACAUGGCAGAAGAGAAAAUGGAAGUGAGGAGUUCCUGGGAUGGUCAUAUUGCUUUCCUAAAGUCAAUAAAUCUACCCGUCUACCAGAAGAAUCUAUGGGAAGUGCUGAAAUUUGACCAGGUCACUAGUGUAGAAAAGCUGCAGUUCCUAAAAUUCUCCUCUGAUGUGGUACACACCAAGAACCAGGGCGGACUUGGCUUUAAUGAAAUGUCUGCCACUGCAACACUUUCCUGCCCCAUUUAUACCAUGACAUGGACUGCAAAACUAGAAAACCAAGCUCCUAAAUUCAUCACUUCACUUAAGUCUUCCUGCACUUCAACUCUGGUCUUCCUCGAGUUUGAUCUGGAUGCCAUUGCUACUGCUAGCUUUGAGGACGAUACCGUGGGACUGAGUGGCAGAGGUAACUUCAGACAUGAUGACCUAAAUAUUGACUGGAAGCACGUGUGCACCCAUCCUCUAAGGAUGAAACGCCAUGUGCCUCCUGAUGCGAGCACGUCGCACCACACCCUAACUGUCGAUGUCACCAGCCCCACAUUCACCAACUUAAAAAUCCAGUAUGCAUCCCAAGACAAUAGCAUAAAUGCAGGCGUUUCUAGUUCGACUUGUGGAUUACUUGGUUUUAGGCUGGAGAAAAAGACCCCUUUGCAGAUUUCUGGCGUCCUAUUUAGUCAAUACCCGAAUGCACCUGAGAUUGAUACUGACAUCCUGAGUAUCAGGGUGUCCCUAAAAAAUCCAGAGAGGCUGAAUCUUCAGACAUCUUGGAACAUGAGGCCCGUCGAUGACAUGACCUCGGGGCUGGUAGACAAGGUGCCUGUUAUUACUGCCUCAUUUGCUAAUUUAGUAAAUAAGUAUCACAAAAGCCUUUUUGGGAUGGACGUCGAGAGCACCGCACAGGAGCUGCAGCGGACUGUCUACGGUAGCAUAGAGGAGGCUUAUCGCAGGGUUACUAAUGAAAUGCCCCAAUCCCCAAACAUAGCUAGUUUGUCUGUCAUAUUCAGAAGCGUAGUCAGGUGGUGUAACAAAAACAUGCAGGCUGUUUUUAACUCAGCAGACUUGGCCCUUAGUGAAACCUACAUCCAGCUGCCUGGGCUUAAUGAAACACUCGCUGUUCCACAGCUCUGGGAAAGAACUGUUGAAUCGAUCUUCCAUGUCCUGAAAAUGUAUGUACACUUUCUGGGUGCCAUUACCGGCCACUUUAGUGACAUCAAGGUGCUAACGCCCUUCAAAGAAAAUGCCCUCACAUGGAAAGAAUACCUAGAAACCUUUGAGGAAGACAUCGCACACAUGGAGGCCAUCAUGAUAAACCUUGAUAUGACCACAUUUGGAGAUUUCUUUCAUUUCAUACUUCAGUUGGUAGAAUAUAUUUUUGGCGACCUGAUAACUGAAUAUUUGGAUCCUUUUUGGGCUAUUUUCAGUAAAUUCUACUCCAAAACAUUAAUCUCGGUCAAAACAAAGAUGGAGGACGUCCAAGCCGAGAUAAACAUGGAACAGUUAAAUAAGGUUCUUCAGGGCAUGAUCGAUGCUAUUACCGUGCAUCUGGGUGCAUUUGGCAGUGAGGUUAUCAAUGCUUUACAACACCUGGCUUCUGAGGACAUGCAGACAUACAUGCAAAUAAGUAACAACCAUAUGGAAAUCAAUAUUCCUCUUCAAUUCAUUCACUGAAAUGGAAAUGGUGAAACAGUGAUUCUGUUAAACACUACCAUCUGGAUGGGAAGAGUUGCUCACCAUAAUCAAUAUCACUCAUAUACAAACACUUAUGUCAUAGGUACUUUGACAGUUAAACACAUGCUUAUGUGGACAUAUACCUUGCUGUUUCACUUGACUGGUAGGCCCGCUGAAUUUAUCAUGUUUUUAGAAAUAUAAUUUCCUUUUUGACUGCUUCUUGCCAUAAUGCUUUUCCCAUAUGAAAUGUAAUGGAUGGAGACAUUUAAUAAAGAGGAUGUGACGA